UCAAUUCUUUAACUCCAUUCCAUAUCUGUCAUACCACUCAAAGCCAUAAAAACCCAACCAACUCUUUUGAAAUAACACAUUCGAAAAUGGAGUUUCAAGGUUCAAUUUUAAUCAAGGCUAUCUUGGUGCUGCAAUGUUUUUCUAUUCUAUGUGCUUCACAGUCACAAGAUUUUGACUUCUUCUACUUCGUUCAACAGUGGCCAGGAUCAUAUUGUGACUCAAAAAAGGCUUGUUGCUACCCAACAACAGGGAAGCCUGAUGCAGAUUUUGGAAUUCAUGGUUUAUGGCCUAAUUACAAGGAUGGUACAUACCCAUCUAACUGUGAUCCUAGUAAACCAUUUGAUGAAUCUCAGAUUUCUGGUCUGACCAGCUCUUUGCAAAAGAAUUGGCCCACAUUAGCAUGCCCAAGUGGCGAUGGAAUUACAUUUUGGACCCAUGAAUGGGAGAAACAUGGUACUUGUUCAGAAUCAGUUCUUAAUCAACAUGACUACUUUGAAACAACUCUCAACUUGAAACAAAAAGCCAACCUUCUCAAAGCUCUUACAAGUGCAGGAAUAAAUGCUGAUGGAGGAUCCUACAGUUUGAGCAACAUUAAAACGGCUAUACAAGAUGGAGUUGGAUUUGCUCCAUUUAUUGAAUGCAAUAGGGAUUCAUCUGGUAAUAGUCAGCUAUACCAAGUUUAUUUGUGUGUCGACAAUUCUGGAUCAGACUUCAUUGAUUGCCCUGUCUUCCCCCAUGGAAAGUGUGGACCUGAAAUUGAGUUCCCAACUUUUUAAGUUUGACUCUAAACACAAAUAAUAUUUAUCUUAAUGAAAUUUGUUUAGUUGUAAUCCUUGUCACGUAUCUAAGAAUGGUGAUAAUUGAAUAUGAAUAUUUAUUAAAAGUUUAUGUAUAUAAUCUUGGUCCACAAUAUUGUAUUCUUUUUGUCCAAA